AAACCAAAGUAUCAAAGUCUUCUUCUAAUCCUUCGUGGCAAUUUGGAAAUAAAGUAAAGUAUUAGGGGUAAAUAAACAACCACCUCUACUUAUAAUACAACUGGCCUUGCCCAUUAUAACUUGUCUUCUUCACAAUUUGCAGAAACUAACAAAUUUUCAACAUCGAAAAUACGGCAAAACUAGCCGUCCGAAUCAUAAACCAGAAGAAUUAGCUAAAGGUUGCUUUAAUUUCUCUUUCAUUUUUUUUUCAAUUCGAGGAAAAAAAAUGGGAGUUUCUUCGUAUUUGAUUGUUUGUGUUCUUGUUGGAGCUUUUUUCAUUUCCAUGGCUGCCGCCGGCGACAGUGGUAGCUACGAUUGGAUGGUGCCGGCGAGAUCCGGUGAAUGCAAGGGGAGUAUUGCAGAGUGCAUGGCUGAAGAAGAUGAGUUUGCCCUUGACAGUGAGUCAAACAGGCGUAUUUUAGCAACCAAAAAGUACAUCAGCUAUGGUGCACUCCAGAAGAACAGUGUGCCGUGUUCUCGCCGUGGAGCUUCCUACUACAACUGCAAACCUGGAGCUCAAGCAAAUCCCUACACUCGUGGAUGCAGUGCUAUUACUCGUUGCAGGAGCUAGGUUCUCUAUUUUCUCUUCUUCUUCCACGGGAUCCAUAAAAAAAAAUGUAUUUCUCUUGGUAUAUUGAAUUUUUAAUUUUAUUUUUUUUCUUUUGGAGAUGGGGUUUGUUUGGUAUACGAAUGAGGAGAUGCUCUUAAUGGGUAUUGAUUGUUGUCAUAAACUCUUUUUUUUUUUUAAUUAUUUUUUCAUUUUUUUUCUCUUGUGUUUCUAUAUACUACAGCUUAUAGUAAACUGAAUUUGUCUGUCAAUAAUUCAAUUUAAACAUACUGUUGGUACUA